AGAAUACCCACUCCGGAAACCGAAUCAUAGUAGGAAAGGGAAUCCUAAUACAACCAAUGGUUUUGGCAAUCAAUAUACAUUGCGGUAGUAUAAAAGGAAGCAUAAUUGUUAGCCUAUUCCGUAUCCUUUAUUGGUUUAAUUGCUUGCUUUCAUAGUUGAUCAAAUAAAAUCCAAGAGAAAAAAAAAAACCAGAGCAAAAUCGACGUUAAAAAAGAGCAGAGCCGUCGGAGAAAAGAUGAAGUUGAAGGAGAGGAAGAGCAUUGCCAAAGGGUUUCAGAAAUUAAGGGUUGCUUUGGAGACGGAAGACAAGGAGGAAGAAGAUGCCCAAGACACUCGAUCUCGUUCCCAGAAGCGGCGGGACGAUAAAGCCCGGCGGCAAGCCGAAGCAGCAGCCCGAAAGGCGGAGGCCCGGCGGCAGGCGGAGCAAGAGGAGCUUGAGAUUUCCCGGAAGAAGAAGGCGGGCGCCGAGAGGGUGACGGCGGCGGAGCUGCUUCUCCGGAGGGAGAUGGAGAUUCGGGAGAUGGAGAGGUUAGCGGAGGAGAAGGAUCGGAAGAUGCGGCGCGUGGUGACCAAGGGCGAGUACGAGAACGUCAUACUCGCGGCCAACACCAAUCGGAGAGAUGAUGAUGAAUUGGAAGCUGGUACUGUUGAUGAAUCCAUUCAUGUCAUGAUAACUCUGGGGAUUUUGAAGAAUUGAAUUUUUUUUUUCUUUUUAAGGUUUAAUUAACAAAUUAAUUAAACAGAGAGAUUUUCUGAUAACAUUAAUUGGCGGCGAAAUUGUAGAACUGGCUGGGUUACUACUAAGUUCUUCCAUUGUUUGCAAUUUCACUGGUAGACACUUUUACAGUGUAAUAUUUAGGAGUAUGUAUCACAGCAGGGCACUCUUUUGUGUGUCUGCUCAAUUUUGACGAUUGCAGUUUUUUCGAAUUUCACCAUAAUAAUUUGUUGAAUUUUUAGUUUUUUUUUUCUUCUUCUAUGUUUUACCCUACUUCAUGCUAGGGUUUCCUUGUUUGUG